AUGGCUCUCCAAAAGCUCAACUUCAUCACCGGAAACAAGAACAAACUUCUUGAGGUGCGAGCCAUUCUUGGUAAUGUCAUCGAGGUAGACAGCCAGGCAAUUGACGUCCCCGAAAUCCAAGGAACAGUCGAGGAAAUCGCCAAAGAAAAGGCGAAAUGUGCAGCCAAGGCGAUCAAUGGCCCGGUCUUGACUGAAGAUACUUCGCUUGAAUUUCACGCGCUUAAAAAUCUUCCUGGGCCAUACAUCAAAUCAUUCAUGGAGGCUCUCGGCCUUGAAGGAUUGAACAAGAUGCUUGACGGGUUUGAGGAUAGAACCGCCGAAGCUGUGUGCACAUUCGCUUUCUGCGCAGGUCCCGGUGAAGAGCCAAUCAUUUUCCAAGGGAGAACCGAGGGCACUAUUGUACGUCCACGAGGCCCACCCAACUUCGGCUGGGACCCGAUCUUUGAGUAUGACGGCAAGCAAACAUAUGCCGAGAUGGACAAAGAAGCCAAGAACAAAAUCUCGCACCGAUACAAGGCGCUGGUGAAGUUGCAGCAGUGGCUCGCGGACAACCAGUAG